AUGAGCGGAAACCGAGGACGAGGCGGUGGUGAUCGCGGACGAGGACGCGGACGUGGAGAUGGCGGGCCACCUCGUGGUGGCCCGCCUCGUGGUGGCCCUCCCGGUGGCGGUGAUCGUGGCGGAGGGUUCCGAGGACGUGGUGGUGGCGGUGGCGGCGACUUCCGUGGCCGCGGUGAUGGACGAGGAUUCGGCGGAGGUGGCGGACGGGGUGGCGGGCGCGGUUUUACUCGAGGAGGCUCGAGUUUCGCGAAUGCCCCCUUGAUAUUCAACCCUACGCCGAACACUCCGACUACGCUGGACGCUCGCACAGCGCAGGCUGAUCAGCUCAUUCAACAUCUCAACAAGACGAAAGGUAGCAAGAGACCGGAGCGCCCCGUAAGGCCAGGAUAUGGAACGCUCGGGAAAGCUAUAGUCGUACGCGCGAACUUCUUUGCAAUCGAUGUCGAGAAGGACAAGUUCUACGAGUACUCCGUCGAGAUAACGCCCGAACCCAGAUCGCAGAAACCACGGGUCAAGCGGCGCAUCUUAGAACUGUUCGAGGCGAGCCCGGUGGGCGCACCAUACCGCAACCACCUUGUACACGAUGGCUCCCAGCGUCUGAUAGCCGCAAAGCCACUCCCUCAACCUCUGACGGGGACCGUGAAAUACUUUGAGAAGGGAGACAAUGGGCCUCACAAGGACGCCGAUACUUACGAAGUCACUGUCACCUUCACGAAGGAGCUGCCGACCGCUCCUCUAAAGGGUUAUCUUGAAGGCGAUGUAACCCGCGCCGACGCAGAUGAACAGGUCGACCCUGUGAUUUCGGCGCUCAACCUCGUUCUUCAGCGUCAAGCUUCCGAAGCUAGCUAUCGCCACGGCCGCAACCGGUUCUUCUUCGACGAUAACGAGAAGGGCCAGCUCGGACCUGGCAGCCGUCUCUGGGCACUGAUGGGCUUCUACUCGUCCGUGCGGCCGGUGCACAAGCAGCUCAUGGUCAACCUCAACGUCUGUAUGACGGCAUUCUAUCAGCCCGGGAACCUUCUGGAUGCGAUCAAUAGCUUUGACCGGGGAUCCUUUGGUGGGAACAGCGCUGAGUUCAUGCGGGAUGUCAAGGUCUCGACCAGUCAUCUUGGAUACAAACGCGUGAAGAAGAUCUUUCGAGUAUUGGCCAAUACGGCUGGCACGCAGCGAUUCAAGUGCAGCGAGUACAACAACGAGAACAUAACCGUUCAGGACUACUUCAAACGGAAGUACAGGAUUAACUUAACCCCGAGCUCUCCCCUCGUCGACGUCGGCGGCCCCGGCAAGUCGACGUACUUCCCCGCUGAACUCUGCACGAUCGAACCCGGCGAACCGCACUUCGGCAAGCUCUCGCCCAAGGAAACGCAGGAGAUGCUUUCCCUCGCUAAUCGGCGCCCUGGAGUGAACGCGGAACAUAUCACGAAGCAGGGUAUACCGAAGCUCGGGUUCACCGAGAACCCUACUCUGACUGCCUUCGGCGUGACCAUCAGCCCCAAUAUGACGGUCAUUCCGGCGCGCGAGCUUAUGCCACCUCGAGUGACGUACGGGCAGGGCAGUGCCAGAGUCGCGAACGGUUCUUGGAACAUCCUCGACGUUAAGUUUCACCACGGAGCGAGAAUCAACAAGUGGGGCGUACUAGUGGUCAUCGAUGGACCACCCGAGUUCCAAGGUCCCGGCGACCCACGUCUCAGAGACUGGAUCAAGGGCUUCGCCAACAAGUGUACGAAGAGCGGCAUGCACAUCGCGGGACCACCGAUUGUAAAAGCCGUGCAGCUCCCGCCUCCAUCGAGCGAUCCAGGUCGAUCUCAAGCGACGCGCGCACUCGAGAACCAGCUCAGGACUUUCGGCGAAAUUGAUAUCGUGCUCGUCUUACUGCAACGCCGAGACGAUUACAUCUAUCCCGCCGUCAAACGCAUCUGCGCAGUCACGCUAGGCUUGCACAGCCAAUGCCUCUUGACGGAGAAGGCCUUCAAAGAGAAGGGCCAGGACCAGUACUUCUCUAACGUCGCGCUGAAGGUCAAUAUGAAGCUUGGAGGAGAGAAUCAUAGGUUGGACGCGAACGAUAUGCGGUGGUUGCAGCAGACGAAGACGAUGAUGGUUGGGAUCGACGUGACGCAUCCGGGCCCGAGCAGCGUCAAAGGAACGCCCUCUAUCGCUGGUGUCGUUGCGAGCAUCGACCAGUACUUUGCACAGUUCCCGGUUAGCUUGAGGUUGCAGAAGUCCAAGCAGGAGGGCAUAGCAGAGCUGGCGGACAUGAUGAUCGAGCGCUUGCAGGCUUUUCGCGCGCGAAGCAAGGCUCUUCCCGACCGCGUCUUCAUCUUCCGCGAUGGUGUCUCCGAGGGGCAAUAUGACAAAGUACUCAAGGAAGAGCUUCCGCAAGUAAUCGAGGCAUUCAAGCGCAUCGACGCCAAGAACCCGCGCUACCGCCCCAAGCUCAGCAUUGUCAUCUGCGGCAAACGCCACCACGCCCGUUUCUACCCUACGAGCGAGGCGAACGCCGACAAUAAGAACGGAAACACGAAGCCCGGGACCGUCGUCGAUAAGGGCGUUACGUCCGUGCUCGACUACGACUUCUACCUCCAAGCGCAUAUGGGCCUGCAAGGCACCGUCCGCCCUACGCACUACAUCGUCAUCUACGACGAGAAUGGGCUGGAUCCCAAUACUAUACAGCAGGGCGUGCACGUGUCGAGCUACAUGUAUGCGCGCGCGACAAAGGCCGUCAGCUUAUGCCCUGCGGCGUACUACGCGGACGUGGUGUGCGAGCAGGCGAGGUACUGGAUCCAUGGAUUCCUCAACCAGGCGCAUGAAGGGUCUUCUGCGGGUGAUACCGCGUCUGUUGCGGGCGGUACGCAGUCGGAUCGGAUGAGGCGUAAACGGGAGGACGCGGAGAAGAAUGUGUAUGAUGCGGCGGUGAAGAUGUGGGGAAGUGGGCUGCAUCAGAGGCUCAAGGACAGUAUGUUUUACCUGUAG